UGAGGAGGUCAGGACCGGGAGCUUACCAGAUGCACGGAGCGGAGCGGGGAGGAGACCUGAGGGCCUUCUUCCUGGUGUCACGUCACGUCCCACAACACCCGGGGCGGGAAACCUCACGUGGAGGAGUCAUGGCUGACAUGGGGGUAUGUGGCGGUUCUGUGGAGCAGCGUCUGGCUGUGAAUAUCUGCCGCGUCCUCUCUCUCUACGGCCACAUCGCGGACUCUUACAUCAUCGAGUUUUUCACUGACAACCUGUGGGAGUCGCUGCCUGAGUCUUGGAGGAGAUCAUUGUCAGACCUGACCGCUCCGGAGCUGGCCGAUCAGCUCCUGUGUGAUAGUAACACCAGGAAUACCAGUUACAGGUCAGUGUGGCCGCUCAGCCUCUUAGCCUUGAAGGUGACGGCUCAGUCCUUAGCCUUCCAGCGAACGCCACGUCACGACAUGGUCAGCGCGGAUAAGAAGAGACCGGCCGAGUUCCAGGCCAACCGCUGCCAGAGCUCCCUGCUGGAUCCUCUCUUUCGGAAACACGUGAAGCCCAAGAAGCAGCACGAAAUCCGGCGGCUGGGGAAGUUGGUGACGAGGCUGAGUGAGGAGACGGGGUGCGAUCAUGUGGUGGAUGUCGGCAGUGGUCAGGGUCACCUGUCGAGGGUCUUAUCCUUUGGUCAAGGGCUCAAUGUGACAGCGGUGGAAGCCGACCCCAGCCUCAACACCACCGCCACCAAAUUCGACCACGAUCUCAUCUACAUGCUGAAGAAGGAGCGAAUCAGACCAACUAAGAUCGCUGCGUGUGACAUUACCAGCAUCGCAUCAGCCAGACCCCCCCGUCAUGUCUUGGCCUGUGUGGACCCUCAAGCCUCUUGGGAAGAAUUUAUAAACCAGUUAACUGACCAGACGGAGAGCGGGUCCAGCACUGGGCCACAAGACCUAGUGAACUCACUAGCAGCCUCCUGUCAGAGUGUAAGCUCUUUGGACCAGCACCACUGGAACAAUUUUAUAUUAACCGGACUCCAUGCCUGUGGAGACCUCAGUGUGGCCAUGUUACGCCACUUUGCCAGGUGUCCCAACGUGGUAGGCAUCACCUCAGUUGCUUGCUGCUAUAUGAAAUUGACCACGUGCGAAGUGCCGCAGCCCCCCUGGGUCGUGGCUCCGUCUGACCGGAGUGACUCGCACCUACGGCAGUAUGGCUACCCUGUAAGCUCCUGGGUUUCUGGACUCCCUGGCCACAAACUUUCCUACAAGUCCAGAGAGGUGGCCUGCCAUGCUAUCGAGGACUAUAUAGAGCGCCUCAAGGGCGAGAGCGACAUCUUACGGGUUCAUUGUUACAGAGCCGUGCUGGAGACUGUCAUCCGAGGGAUAGAUCCCAACAUGAAACGCAUCGGGGUCCAGACAAUCAAGAACGCUCACAAGCUUCCUUUCAGAGAAUAUGCCAAGCAGGGUCUGCAACGCGUCGGCCUGGUUCCUGAUACACCCAUCGAUCACACCCUAGUGGAGGACAUGUUGGCUCAGCACCAGAAAGUGGUGGCCUUCUUCAGUCUGGCGCUACUGCUGGCUCCACUGGUGGAAACCCUGAUUCUGCUGGAUCGGAUGAUUUUCCUACAAGAGCAGGGAUUUCACUGUGAAGUCAUCCCUCUAUUUAAACCUGAAUUCUCCCCGAGAAAUCUGGUCCUUGUAGCUGCUAAAGACGUCCAUCAUCUAGCUGGCAUCCUGGAAGAGAUCACUUCGAGUCACUUGAGGGUAGGAGAGUAAGCGCAGGGCGAUCGCACACUUUUUAGGGACUGAAGAGUAUAGCGCGACUCCGCACACAACCUCCAGGCUCGUCUCCCCCACUUCAUGCACUGGUCCAGGAAGCAGAGCUGAGGCUUUCACACUGCAGAGCCUGACGGUGACAGGACGUCCAGGCCCUGUGUGAGAUACGAUUCCCAUCUUGUGAAGUGAUGCCAUGUCGUUAGCAUAUGCCCUUGGUAUAAGAGCGGUGGGGUCUGAUCUCUGGGCCCCAACCUCUCCUAAGAACGAGGCAGCCACAGCAUUACUUUAGCGUUUCCUUCUCCGUAUUUCCCUGUAGAGCUAUGCCCCGGGAAGAUGAUUGUGCGGGGAAAGAGGUGCAGAGCUAUCAUUCUCGGGAUCAGUGGAGGGGUCCAUAUCCCUAGCCACAUAACAUCACUGUACAAGAUGAAAUUAACCGUUUAAAGGGAUAGUUCACCCCUGGGGAUGUUUUCUAUAGACUUCCCCCCCAGUGUGAGUAAACCCUGCUGUGGUAAACCAUACUGACCUUAUCCCCUCCGCUGGAUUCCGGCUCCAUUGCUGCCUCGUCGGCUCUGCAGGUCCCGAGUCUCCCCGUUCCGAUGUCUUGUUGGACGCAGGUCACGUGACCACUGCAGCCAAUGACUGGCCGCGGCAUGUGUAUGUGUCAUGUGACCCAUGUUGAAAUGGGGAGACCCGGGACCCCUCAGAACCAGCUGGGCAUGAGGGCCGGCCAUGCUGGGGGGUCUGUAGAAAAUGAUUUUGAGGUCUUGUGGGAAGUUAAACCUCACUAAAAGCGAUCAGCUUCCUUCCUGUAACCACAAGACAAGGUCCAAAUCUUCAGAUCAGGGAUCGUACGCACUCUGGGCGCAGGAGCUCCUUCGUCACAAGGAGGGGGGCACAUACUUUUAUGUAUCACAUUAAUAAAUGAAGUUGUAUUGCUGUAUCAUAGUCCAUCCGUUCAUGGUCAUUUUAAGCAGGAGUUAAAGGGGUUUUCAGAGUUCAGAAUAUUGAUGGCCUGUCGGCAGGAUCGGUGGGGGUCUGACUCUCACAACUCCCCACCAAUCAGCUGUUUGUAGUGGUCCCGGCACUAUAGCGAGUGUGGUGGUCUCUUCACUGGUCUAUCCACCCCAGGGUAGUCAUACCCCCAGCUUGAUUGAGACAUCCUGCGUCAUGAUCAUACAGCACUCCAUCAAACAGCUGACAGCCUGGGUCGCUGAGAGCUGACCCCCACUGAUGGCCUAUCCUGAAGCCCUUAAAAUGUUAGGUGCUGGAUCUGUUGCCUUAUUGCGCUCAUAUUAAGCCAGUACUUGAGGGGAGUGGUGCAGACGUGGCGACCGGAGGAGCAGCAUUAUGGUGGACGCUGAGGAACUCUACUUGGUGAACGAAUCGAUUCAUACUAGCUGCAGAGCAUAUCUUGUAAGUCCUUGAUCCAUCAAUUUACCGUUCCAGUACUGUGCAAGUUUAUUAGGACAUAAAAUCUACUGUUGUGGUAUCCUUCCUGCAUAAAACUGUGGGGACAACAAGAACUUUUCAUGAAGGACACAUGAAAGGAAAUGGAAAAGCGCCUGCAUGAGAUGAUUCUCUAAUUUGGAGACUAGAGCAUCUUCAACGCUCGAAAGAUAAGCUGGAUAUCAGGAGAGAAACGGCAUCACAUGUCCAGCCUCGACAGUUCACUGCCGUCUUCUGGAAUGUGGCCGCAGGGCUAGAAAAACCGGUCGAGAAGAAAAUUUUAAAAGCCUCAAUGAUGAAGAAGCGCGUGUCAUGAGAAAGAAUCACCAAGACUGGACUGUGAAUUUCAAGGGCAUAGAUGAAAGUUCAUUCAGCGAUCAUCUUGAGAACCUCUUCGAACAGUCAAUAAGCCACAAGACACCCAACCAAAGUGAUGUUUUGGACCAGAGACACUCCAUCGCAUUGCAGGCAUGAUGAACCGUGAAAAAUAUGUGGCCUUUCCGAAGAUGAAACCGCCACCAACACUGCAGAAGAGGUGUACAAAUGGUGAUGGCAUGUUCUAGCAAGACCUGCCACCAUGCCGUGAAUCCAGGUACACCAAGGAGUUUUCAGCUCAACACAAGCUAGCAUUAGAUGGAGCAGCCUAGAAACUCGACGACUGGAACCAGCUGAAAAAACUCUUGGCUAUGUUUAGGACAUCAGAAAUGGAAACAUGGAUUGUGCAUCAAAAAUGAAGAUGAUUUCAAGUGUGAUCAUAGUAUGGGUCAAGGAUAAAAAAGUGAAAGCAGCAAAAAGAGGACACCCCAUGUA